CUUAGGGCUAAUUUCACCAAACUCAGAUAAGUUUUAUUCCAAGGAAUUAACCCUGGAAUAGCAAAUUUUACAUUUCACCAACUACUUAACCUGAGAAUAAAACGUUAUUCCAAGGAUAAGAUUUAUACGCCCAAUUUUGAACGAAUACGGAGAUAUUCCUUGGUUAAAAAUGGCCGCCACGUCAUAUCAGCUGUCAGGAUUCAUAGAACACAGACAUUUUGUUUGAUCCCGAGUUUGUUGUGGUUGUUCCCUCAGAGUUGUUCCUGUUUUCUUUCCUUGAUCUAAUUAUCACAACUAUAGAUAAUGCAACGUUUAAGAAGAAUUAUUUACGAAAGUGACAGUGAUGAUGAUAGCGAAAACGAAAACUAUGCUGUUAGGCGUCCAAGAUGGAUAAAAGAAAGAAAUGAUCAUUUCAACAACUACGACGAUGAAGACUUCAGGAUAAGAUUUCGGUUAUCCAAGGUCGCAACAUAUAAUUUAUUGGUGAAAAUUGAAAACCGUUUAGAAUUCAUAUCUGAGAGGAAUCAAUCAGUUUCUCCAGUCAACCAGCUUUUAGCCACCUUAAGAUUUUAUGCCACAAAUAAUACACAACUGACGAUAGGUGAUUUCAGUGGGCUCAGCGUACCCACAGCGCACAGGAUAAUACAUAGAGUUAGUGCUGCCAUAGCAUCACUUCACCAUGAAUACAUAAAAUUUCCAAACACGCAACAGGAGAUUCGACAAAAUCAACAGGAAUUUUAUCGUUUAGCACGAUUUCCUAGAGUGAUUGGAGCAAUGGACUGCACACAUAUUCGUAUUUCUUCACCCGGAGGCGAACAGGCAGAACUGUUUAGAAACCGUAAAGGUUACUUUUCUAUUAAUGUCCAGACCAUAUGCAAUGCAAAUUUGGAGAUUAUAGACAUUGUUGCAAGAUGGCCUGGAUCAGCACAUGACAGCCUUAUUUUCAACAAUUGUUGCCGUAAAGCAAAAUUUGAAGCUGGUGAAUAUGGUGAAGGAAUUUUGCUUGUUGAUGGUGGAUAUGCAGCCACAUUCUAUUCUAUGCCUCCACUAGAAACUACUUAA